CAUUACCCGACGCGCCUGUGCUCACGUGGUGGCCAAUUACAGCCAGGGAUUUGGAGGAUGGGGGCGGAGCCAGACGCAUAAACUAUCUCAUUGGCCAGCAGAAGCUUAGUAGAGCCGGAACCCGGGAGCUGGAGAUGCGAAAUGACAUUUCCUCUUUAAAUAGCCUGAGCCGGGGCCCCAUUCCAGAAAUGGCCGCGUCGGCAGACCUAAACAAGUCUUCCCCAACACCGAAUGGGAUCCCGUCUUCAGACACAGCCAAUGAUGCCAUGGACCCCUUCCAUGCUUGCAGUAUUCUUAAGCAACUGAAAACAAUGUAUGAUGAAGGACAACUGACAGACAUCGUAGUGGAAGUGGAUCACGGGAAAACAUUUUCCUGUCAUAGAAACGUUCUCGCUGCGAUCAGCCCUUACUUCAGAUCCAUGUUCACUAGUGGCCUUACUGAAAGUACUCAAAAAGCUGUUCGAAUUGUCGGUGUUGAAGCUGAAUCAAUGGAUUUGGUGUUGAAUUAUGCCUAUACCUCUAGAGUUCUUCUGACAGAGGCCAACGUUCAAGCUCUGUUCACCGCAGCUAGCAUCUUCCAGAUUCCUUCCAUCCAAGAUCAGUGUGCUAAGUACAUGAUCAGUCAUUUGGACCCGCAGAAUUCUAUUGGCGUUUUUAUCUUUGCUGAUCAUUAUGGUCAUCAGGAACUUAGAGAUCGAUCGAAAGAAUACAUUCGUAAAAAGUUUCUGUGUGUCACCAAAGAACAAGAGUUUCUCCAGCUGACGAAAGACCAACUGAUAAGCAUACUGGACAGUGAUGAUUUAAAUGUAGACCGAGAAGAGCAUGUUUAUGAAAGCAUUAUACGAUGGUUUGAUCAUGAACAGAAUGAGAGAGAGGUGCACCUUCCAGAAAUCUUUGCCAAAUGCAUUCGUUUUCCCCUGAUGGAAGACACCUUUAUAGAGAAAAUUCCACCUCAGUUUGCACAGGCUAUAGCCAAAAGCUGUCUAGAAAAGGGACCAUCUAGCACCAAUGGCUGUACACAGAGGCUUGGAAUGACUGCUUCUGAAAUGAUCAUAUGUUUUGAUGCUGCUCACAAACACUCAGGAAAGAAGCAAACAGUGCCUUGCCUAGAUAUAGUCACAGGAAGGGUGUUUAAACUGUGUAAGCCACCAAAUGACCUGAGAGAAGUUGGGAUUCUCGUGUCACCAGAUAAUGACAUCUACAUUGCUGGCGGGUACCGGCCCAGCAGCAGCGAGGUCUCCAUCGACCAUAAGGCAGAAAAUGAUUUCUGGAUGUAUGACCAUUCCACCAACAGAUGGCUGUCCAGACCAUCCUUGCUUCGGGCCAGAAUAGGCUGCAAACUUGUAUAUUGCUGUGGUAAAAUGUAUGCAAUUGGAGGGCGUGUUUAUGAAGGUGAUGGGAGAAACUCACUGAAGUCUGUAGAGUGCUACGAUAGCAGAGAGAAUUGUUGGACAACUGUUUGCGCAAUGCCAGUUGCAAUGGAAUUUCAUAAUGCUGUGGAGUACAAAGAGAAGAUCUAUGUUUUACAGGGAGAAUUUUUCCUCUUCUAUGAGCCUCAAAAAGACUACUGGGGUUUUUUAACCCCCAUGACUGUGCCUAGAAUCCAGGGCUUAGCAGCUGUCUACAAGGACUCUAUCUACUACAUAGCUGGGACCUGUGGAAAUCACCAACGCAUGUUUACUGUAGAAGCCUAUGACAUUGAGCUCAAUGAGUGGACUCGGAAGAAGGACUUUCCAUGUGAUCAGUCUAUAAACCCGUACCUUAAGCUGGUCCUCUUCCAGAAUAAACUGCAUUUAUUUGUUCGAGCUACUCAAGUGACUGUUGAAGAGCACGUCUUCAGAACCAGCAGGAAAAAUUCCCUUUACCAGUACGAUGACGUUGCUGACCAGUGGGUGAAAGUGUACGAGACCCCGGAUCGGCUGUGGGACCUGGGCCGGCAUUUUGAAUGUGCCGUGGCCAAACUCUAUCCUCAGUGUCUUCAGAAAGUACUUUAACGAGGCCUUAGUGCCCGGCUGGACUCUCAGACUGAAAAUGCUUGUCCGAAGGAGUGAUGUCAGUGUUGGAGAGAGCUGAGAGAGUUUUGUACACAGAAGUGGGUGCCGUUAAAGAUUACAGCCUAGGGAGAAAUUUGCGUUCACUUUGGUGAUGUUUUCAUUUCAGUAAGGAAAAGGUAACAAAGUGCAAUUAUCAGCAUUUUUUUCCUGGCGUCAGAGUAAUUGUAUCAUCCUGGAACUCUGCUAAAUAGUCACCCAACUUAUCAAGACAACUAUGCACUCUUUCAAGAGCAGUUAGGGUAUUAUUACUGGGUAGAGACAUCCAAACUAGCUUGACAUGACUUUUUAAUUUAAAUACGGGUAACAAUCUGAGGCAAUAUCACUAGGACUUUAUUUAGCUGUGACCUCUCUAACACAGAGAAGCACUAACUUAGAUCCUCAUUCUUAAUAUUUAUAUAUAAAUUGACAUAUAUAUUUUUGUGUACCGUUUUCAAGUGUGCUGAGAUUUAAAUGUGUUCUGUUGUUAGGUAGACUAAAGGAAAAAAAUCAGUCUCAGAGAGAACUUUUAGUGUGAUUGUUUCACAUUCUCCAUAUCUUUAAGUUAAGCUAAAGUUUAAAGUGGCAGUUUUCUGUCAAAAACUUCUUCAAGUGCUAACACUGCUUCAUUUUUUAAAAUCCUGGAAAGGGCUCACAUUUGUAGGUGGCUGGUGCUAGUAUAAAUUAAUUUAUGUAUAUAUAGGUAGAUUUAAGUGGUCUGAGCCUAUGCUUGUCUUUCAGGUUGGUGUGUUUGUUUCAUGGUCUCAGUAGUACUUUACCUGUUGAACCCUUGUGGUGUCACAAGGCUUGGUACUUAUGUGAUAGGGUAUGGGCCAGAUGUUGGCUAAUCAUAGAACAGCAUGACUGUUGCACCACAUUUGCAUUGACAUGGGCUGUUUUGCUGCCCAGCCUCCUUUUCUAUCCUCUCCGUGUCCAGUCAUUAUUGGUACCAUGAAAGUAACUUAUAAUGUGAACUUUUACACCUACCUUUAAAAUUCUGUUUUCCAGAAACAUAAUAUUUGUGGUAGUCUAAUUUAAUGGCUUUUGAAGUUUCAUAUUACAGUGACAACCUCAUUGUUUUUUUCUUUUUGCACUUCGCAACAAUGAAUACUUCUACAUGAAAUACUGUUCUAGCUGAAGAGGACUGACAAGGAAAAGAGUGCGUGAACAGAACCAUAGCUUCGUAGAUUCUAAGUCAUUUUGCAUGUAUAACUGAUGAGUUUCUAACAGAAAUAUUAACAAGAGGGACACACAGACGUUUGUGUAUUUCUUGGGCAGAUAGAUCAAACCUUUUUCUUCACUGUGCCUGGAAUAACUGAUAAAGGAUAGCUUAGAGUCUGUCCCCAGCUGGAACAGUUUGAUUCUCUUGAAGAAAGCACACUGGCAUGGUUUGUAUUUAGAAAGAUCUUGCACAAAUUGUAAUGUGAUACUGUGAAACAUGGAAAGCAUUGCUUCUUUGCCUCACAUACCUCGUUUUCCAGAAACUUUCCAAACUGCUUUACCAAGCCCUGUACAAACAAGGACAGUUUUCUGAAGCAGAAGUUCAAGUACACAGCGUUUAUAGAAGUAACGCUUUAAAAUCUCGACCUAGAAAGCUAGAUGUGUUGUUUCUUCUUAUUGGCCUUAUUGUCUGUAAUCUCUUUUUAAACUUUGUCAGCCAAUAUUUUUCCUCCUCAGUUUUUCUUUGUCCUCUGUUUUUAUCUUCAUGCUGUUUGUAUUAUUUCUGUGAGCCUUGUUUUGAGUAAUUUUUUUACAGUUUUAUAUAGCUGAGGGGAAGAAAAAAAUAACCAAUUUUUACAAAGAGAUGUCCAUGUAAUUUAUUUUGAAAGCUUUGUUGAGUGUCUAAGGUCUCCUGCCACUUUUUGACAAUCUUCUGUAUUUAGAAAAAAUGUAUUACUUGAAAACAUGACAUAGAAUAUUAAGUUAGCAAUGUGUAGGUGCUGUGUGGUAGAUACAGAGGAGAACAGCAGUGUGGUUAGUUCUACAGUAGAUAUGCACACAAGUUGAUCCUUUUACUAGAACAAUUUAUAUUGAGAGUAUGAUCUGUGUACAGUGUAUCAAAGCCAAGGCUUAGAAUUUGCCAUGGGAUUAGAAUAUAUCUUGAAUUUUGUAUGAGGAAUUAUUUGUUUACAUUAUAUAUAGCUGGGAUAUUUUGCCACUUCUAAAAUGGUUUCAGAGGAGGUCCUAGAAAGCUAAGAUUAGUGAUGUGUGGGUUUAUGGGUAGAUCUUUAAAGCACAUUUUCACAGUAUGAUGAGAACAUAAGUAAAAGGUAUAAUGGCUACUACAGAACUAAAGAUCUAACCUAUGCCACCCCUACUUUACCUAUGUUUUUGCAUUUAAAGAAUGUAAGUAGCACUUUCCUAUAUAUUUUUUACACAUUGAAAACUGGACUUGGUUUAACUGUGUUAUAGGAAAGUAGAAAUUGUAUUCUUUAUUUUCCGUCUUUGUUUCCUGUUAUCCUGUAAAGUUGAUGCUUAAGUGUUAAGGUAAUUUCUUUGGUGCAUGAGAAAAAGUGGAUAUAAUCUGCAAGGAAUCAGAGUCUCUGUAAAGCAGUUUAAAAUGGCAUUCAAUGUUCAGUGCUCAGGUAUGUAGUAAGUACUGUAGUCCUAUGGGGGCGAAUGUGUAGAUAUUUUUCAACGUUUUGCCGUAAUUGCACAAUUUUUUGCAUUUUUACCUGAUGUCAUUGUUUCUUAUAAUAAAUCCUUUCUG